UUGUUUUUUGUUUUUUUGCGAGCUCCCCUUUCUUGCCUUCUCUUUUACACUCACGUAGCUAACGCCCUUCUGUGCGCUUCUCAACCUAACAUUGCUUAAUCAUGGAACUUCUGCAAUUUUAGAUUAUUCUCCUAUAUGCUUGCGCUCUCUUUCGCACUCUCAUAGCGAACGCCUUUCUAUGCGCUUCUGCGUGACCUUGAGCAGCUUAUAAGAUUUCUUCAUUCGCUCGCCCAUCAAUGAAAACCGAAACAUUUCUAGAGUUUCGCAGAUUCUGGGUAUUAUGCAACGCAGCUUUCGAUCGCCCUGACCCAAAAAGCCCCACAAAGCUGUCAACGCAGCUGCCAAACUUGAACUUCACAGAGCUCGGGGCAAAGAAAAGUGCAAACGUCGUCAAAUCGAGUUCCAUAAAAUGCGAGAGCGAAUCACCAAAAGUAAACAGAACUCAACUGAGAUUCAAAGAUGGUUAGUGAUCAGGGUUUAAGGAGGACGCUGCUGCUGUUGGCGCUGACGUUUCUGGUGGGGCAGCAGCUGGUGGGUGCCAGCAAGAUCGCCUACAAGAAGCCGUUGUACGGCAAGAUGAGCCACUUCAAGGAUCGACGAGUCAAGCAGCGCACGACGAGCAGCCCGACCACGCAGGGCACCACGCAGGAGGCGGAUUGGCCAGCGCCCGUUGAGUUCAUCAUCAAUAGCAGCACCGUCAAGGCGUUGCCCCAGGAGGAGCAGCUGGAGAGCAGCACGGGCAGCAGCAGCACCUUUGUCCACCCCUCCUCCACCACAACUGCCACCUCCAUCAUCGGCAGCAGCACGCCCCAUCCAGAGCAGGAGGAGCUGGAGCAAGAGGAUCUGCAGCAGGAGCCUGAGCUAGGCAGCAGCUCCACCACCAGCACGCCCGGCAGCCUCGACAACACGCUGCCCUCGCCGCCAGCGCCAGCUGGAGCAGAUCCGCAGCAGCCGGUGCCCUGCACCUGCGGCGUCUUUCUCACCUCGCAGAUCAAGAACGGGCUGCCGGAGACACCGCUCAUCCACAACGAAAUGGAUCGCAUGUAUCCGUGCAAUGCCAUCGGACGCAAGCAGUGCCAAACCAAGUGCCUCGAGACGAUCGUACAGCAUCUGCCCAACUCGGCGAACAUUGUGUGCUCCGCACUAGGCCACAAUUGCCACAAGGAGCGUGCCUAUCUGUUUAUCAAGAACUGUCAGAAUGUCUGGGUCAAUACGAAUCUGCAGGCCGGGCGCGAAUACUGCUGCAAAGAGGGGCAGCCCUAUCGCUGUCCCUUGCUGGGCUGAGCUGAUAAAACACAACAGAAAAUACUGUUUUUAAUAAAUAACCUGUCGCUGUAAACAAUAAAGUCUUAAAUUAUGCAACGAAAAAAGUUAGAGGUUUUAAAAAACUACUUCUAUCGAUAGUUGGCGCCAGUUGCCUGCUUUCAGCGAUAGUUGCUGGCAAAAAUAAAUUUUUGAAAAAUACCUCAAACGAAAGUUGGCGCCAAUUGCUUGUUAUUCCAUACAUCGCUUUUAGUAGUCUGCGCUAUUUGGCAGCAUUGUGGAACUUAACUGCUUAAUGUUAUAUGUCAUAAAAUAAUAUAUUCUACAUUAUUUUCUUUC